AUGGCGAACACAAAGGCAUCGGUCGUCUCUACAUCCGCCAUAGACGAUGACGCCCCCUCAUCCGUCGUCGCCACCGGUCGGGACGUUGACGCUUCGAACCUCGGCAGGCCUCAGGUCUUGGAGGAUGACAAGUCGGACGACGGACUGAAGACGAACGACCCCGAGCGAAACGAAUCCGAAGACGAGAGGCAGCUUGUGAACGGGGCUGUCGUGAUUAGAGACGGCAACGACGUUGCAAGAUACGUUGUCAGCACCCAGGACGAUGGCGACGCCUCCUGCACGUUUAGAUCUUUCAUCAUCGGCUCCGGUCUCACCGCACUGGCGGCUUGCAUCAACCAGAUUUACUUCUACAAGCCUGUAGACGUCUCUUUCGCCUCCGUCUUCCUCUGCUUGAUGGCCUAUGUAAUUGGCGUCACAUGGUCCGUCGUGCUCCCUCGCCGUCAUCACGUCGAGCAAUACCUCCCAUCGCAAGCGAAAUGGCUCGGGCCCGUGGUUCACUUUAUCAACCCCGGUCACUUCGGCUUGAAGGAGCACGCCGUCGCCUCGAUCCUGUCGACUUCAAGUGGCAACGGCGCUGCCAUCGUUCAGGUCUUUGGCGCAGAACGACUCUUCUACAACCGAAACACUGACGCCGCUACUGCCAUUCUCACCGUCUUUUCUGCCUCAAUCUUCGGUUAUGGUCUCGUAGGCAUUCUGAGGUCUAUUCUCGUUCAUCCGAGCGAGAUGGUAUGGUGGCAGUGUCUUCCCAUGAUCUCGAUUUAUCAGACUCUUCACCGCGAGCCUGAAGGGAACAACAAGGACAGACUUCGCAUGUUCGGCUUCACUUCCAUCGGCAUGUUCAUCUGGGAACCCAUCGCGUCGUACAUCUGGCCUUGGCUCAACGGCAUCUCGAUCCCAUGCCUCGCUUCCAUGAAGGCAGCACCGCCAACCCGAAAGGUCCUCAUGACAAUCUUUGGCGGCAUCUCCUCCAACGAGGGCCAGGGCAUCCUCAACUUCUCUCUCGACUGGCAGUACAUCACGUCCCGGUAUAUGUCCCUCCCGCUUUUACAGCAGGCCAAUUCGUGGGUGGGCAUCGUGCUCUCCUACAUCAUGUGCUUCAGCCUCUACUACGGCGGGGCCUGGGGCGCCAAAAAGUUCCCGUUCAUGUCGACGGCCAUGUUUGAUGGCAAGACGGGGAAGGUGUACAACCAGACGGCCGUCUUUGGCCAGAACGCAAUCUUGGACCCCGAGGCGCUGGAGAUCCACGGCCUCCCUCGGUUGACGGCAUCCAACGUGUGGGCGAACAUGGCGGCGAUGGCGGCGAUUGGGGCCCUGCUCACCCAUAUCUCGCUUUUCUACGGACCUCUUAUCAAACGAUCACUGAAGCAGGCCUGGAAGAAAGAGGAGACUGACCCCCACUACAAGAUCAUGCAAGAGAAGUACAAAGAUGUCCCGAUGUGGUGGUACAUCGCUAUUCUUCUUGUUGGUUUCUUCACUGGUCUGGGUGCCGUCAUCAGGGGCAAUACCACGCUCGACGCCUGGGCUUACGUCUGCGCCAUUCUCCUCGGAUGCAUUGUUGCGCCUUUCUCGCUCUGCCUGUACGGGUUGCUUGGCACCAGUGUCGCAACGAACAACCUAUCAAAGAUGCUUUGCGGUGUUCUCCAGCCUGGGAAGCCCGUGGCAAAUCUCUACUUCUCCAUGUUUAGUCACGAGGUCACAGUACUUUCGGUGUUCUUGUCAACCGAUCUCAAGAUGGCCCAAUACCUCAAGAUCCCUUGGAGGACCAUGUUCCUUCUUCAGACGUGGGGAAGUUUGUUUGGAACUGCUUUGAACUACGUCAUCAUGGACACCAUUGUUGCCAACCGGCGAGAGAUUCUCCUCGAUCCCAUCGGGAACCAAGUUUGGAGCGGACGCAAGAUUCAGUCCCUGAACACUACUGCUGUGACCUGGUCUCUUGCCAAGUAUGUUUACGGCUUCGGGAAAGACGGAUAUGGAUGGAUUCCGCUCUCUAUCGUUAUUGGAGCCGCCAUCCCCGUCAUCCUCUGGCUCGUGUCGCGCAAGUACAAGACGAUCUACGGCUGGGAGGUCCGCAAGCUCGUCACCCCCGUGAUCUUCCACAACGCCUCUGAGACGACGUCGGGUACGACGUCCGUGAUUUGGUCUCAAGUUGCGACCGGACUAUGGUCUCAAUGGUACAUGCGUCUGCGCCACCCGGCUUGGUUUGGAAAGUACAACUACAUCGUAGGCGGCGGUCUCGACGCUGGUGCCAAGGUCAUGAUGUUCAUCCUGACCUUUGCUGUUGCUGGCGGUUCAGGAAAGGAGGUCCCCUUCCCUACGUGGUGGGGUAAUCCCAAUUCGAGCUCGAAGCAGUACGCCGACUAUUGUGGCACUGGCUGA